GAGAUGUUUAAGUAUGCUCGUGAACAUCAAGUAAGUUCUCUUGAUGUCUACUUGUUGGUGUGACUUGUAUUGUUUCCUUAUGGAUAAGCUAGUUUUUUCUUCUGGUUAUGUAGCCAUGCAUCGUCUUUAUGGAUGAGAUUGAUGCUAUUGGUAGACGUAGAUCCAGCUACGGAGAAGGAGAUACUAGUGAGUGUAAUAGAGUCCUCGUCGAGCUUCUCUCUCAACUUGAUGGAUUCAACGAACUUGAUAAGGUGAAAGUUAUAAUGGCAACGAACAGACCUGAUGUUCUUGACCCUGCCCUUCUACGACCUGGUAGAAUCGAUAAGAAGAUAGAGUUCUCAUUGCCAAACGAAGAUUCCAGAAUGAGAAUCCUUAAGAUUCAUGCUUCUGGUAUUACUAAACAAGGAGCUAUCGACUACGAAAAAGUCGUGAAGCUAUCUGAGGUUCGUUACACACUCUCA